AUGUUUAAUACCUGGUCCUUGCGAGGGUCUUUGACUGAAGACAAGGAUCAAGUAAAGCUGGUUCUGCAAAGUUAAUAAAUCUGGGUAUGUAAAAAAAAAACAACAACCGUAAACCACUAAUAAAAGAAUACAAGCGGGUUUUAAUUCAGCCCGGCAAAAAAAGUGAAGAACUGGACGCAGAAUCAACUCACAAAUCGAAUGCACAAUCAGAAAAAUACUCUCCUCUUUGGAAAUGUUCAAAACUUUUUAUUCCACCUCAGACUGAGAAUGAUCAGUUUUUCCUUUAACCUUGGUUGUUCUGAAUCCAAAGUAAUUUUCAAGUGACGAAAAAAAAAAACAAACAAAUGACAUGUUUUUAACUGAAAGGAUGUAAUUGAAGUUUACUGCUUUAAGAGAUGGCAUCAGUUGUGCCGUGUACGUCCAUACCGCCUUCAUUGAUUUAAGUGACUUACCGUUAAUAAUAAACUAAGAAAAACCUCUACAAGGCAAAAUUGAGAUUAUUUAAUUAGACAAUUAACAUGAAUAAAAUAUUUUUCUCGCUUUAUCGCAGAGACAAUUCUGUUAUGUUAACUGGUUGUUUUAUCAUGUUAUUUGAACAACUGUUGAAAGCUCUGUCUUGGAUGUAAUCAACAGCAGCUUUCUGGGCCCGUUAAUUAUCGGGACUUCGAGAAACAGGCCUCUUGUUCGAACCUUGCUGUCAUGUUGUUUCCUUACACAAGAAACGUUUUGGUGUGCUGAGAUAGUAAAUGCAGUAAAUACGGAACUACACGUAAAUGCUGUGAUAUGUGAGUGUGGACAUUAGGAAGAUGUGAAUUGUUUGUUGGCUGGUUUUGAUUUAGCAUACAUGUAAAUUCAAAAGAUGAAUGUGAACAUGACCAGAUAUCUAAACUUCCUAUUAGGGUCACUGUCCCUGGCACGUGGCAGAGAAGCAAAUGGUAAUUGCCAUUACUUAUGCGCAACUACUGUAACUCUGUUUCGUUUGUCUUGUUUGUUUGUUCGGGUGCUUAGUGCAGUGUAGGAAAGAUGUCUGUGAAAGACUAGGUCUCAGUCAGGAAGAUGUGGAGCUGAGUAUGAGAGUGUCAAGUGGUUUUGAUAAAGUAGUGGGUACCCUAAUGCAUGGCUGGUACAACUAGCUGGUGUUGUAGUAUUUGAUUUCUGUGUUGCUGUAAACACCAUAGUGCCACACCAGCAAAUGAAAUGCUCAUAAUGCUCAAAGAAACCCUGCCCUGCAUUCAAGGGUAUCUAGAUUAUAAAACACAGAUUGGGGACGCCUGACCAUGGAUUAUCAUUGAUUUAUUGAUCUUUGUGCCAAUUGUCGGAAAUCCCGCCUAUGCGACAAGGGUCUCAAGAAACGAGUUGCUAGCCCAAACACGUUCCUUCCUUAGGUCUUUCUUCAGCGUAUCUAACUGAAACCUCAACUUAACGUCUUGCUUUGAAACUAAAAUUACGCGGGACUCGCGCCAUUCACGGUGGUUACGUCACUUGCUGCAAAACAAAUUUGCCUUGUGCAUGCCGGUAAAACGCACGACAUGUACAGAUUUUUUUUUAAACAGUAGAACCACUCUCUACUUUCUGCAACAACUUUCGCAACCUGCAACAACCUGAUUUGUUGCAAGACAGAUUUGAUUCGUGGGUGGUAAAACGCGCAACAUCGCUCUUUAGCUUGUUUUGCAGCAAUGGUGCAUAACAAGUUGCAGCUUUUUGUUGCCCACUUUACUGUACCUUAAAAAGAAAUGAUUUUUAAUGACUUACAGAUUUUAAGGCAAGUACAAAUGUGCGAGUAGGCAGUACAUUCUUCAGUGCCAGACAACCUAAACAACCAAGCAGUGCUAAUGCUGCGGGGGAAAUUCCUCAGCAAUCCCCGCGGGAAACAAUGGUAUCCGGUGGGACCUCCCAACUAAAAACGUCCCAAGGAACAAACCCAGCACCCGGUGAGGAACAAGACACUUUUCCUCCGGAAAGUUUCUCCAGCAGUGACAAUGUGUGUGACAAAAAUUCUGGUUUCGCAGGCUGCGGGUAUAUGCAAAAGCGAUAUAUCAAGCAUUACAUUAUUUGUUGCCCUAUUCAAGGAUGCUGGUGUAGGAUAGACUCCAUGCCAAGGAAACUUAACUAACUGCUUUAACGCCUCUGCAAGUUUUUCAUGGGUAAAUACGAGCAACGUAAUGAAAUAUGUGCUUGAAUAGUCCAUAAUAACAAGUCCUUGAUGAAGAAUUCUUUGGAUUGCCGGUAUUAAACGCGUACAACCAAACAGUGUAAACGUCGAAAGAUGCGAUCUAAGGGUUUUUGAAUAUUCUUCACUGUGUAACUGCUCAGCUACCCAACGUUCCCCCCCGCCCUCAAACACAUACACCGACAUCCCGGCCCCGGCAUAAAAAGGGUUUGUGCAAGCCAAUAGUCUUCAGAAUUCAUUACCAAAAUGGUUUGCGAGGGUGGUAUCUGGGGUUAAGCGUCUUUGCUUAUCUCACAUAUGAAGUAUUUUUUGUAUUGAAAUAUGAAAACUCAUUAAACGUCGGACUGGUUUCGUCUGAAAGUAGGUCAGUAAAAGCUAAUGAGAGGUCGUGGGUUUUAACGGGAAAACUUGACCCAAUUCAACGGUAUCUGCGAAGUACUGCAGAGGAAACGGCCAAGAGAUCUUUUCCCAGCGAUUGGUUGCCCAUAGAUUCCGAACGUCCAGGAGCUAGGGAUAAAAAUUUGUUGAAGAAAUAAUCGGAAUGUUUCAAUGUAAAAUUGUAUCUUCAGGGGUGAAAAACGCAUUGCGGAAGGGCGAGAAUUAUCUAAAAUCCUUAGUCUACAAACAUGAACUAUCUCGAUUGCUCUUUAUUACGAACUGGUUCAUGAAAUUACCCUUGCAAAGUUUAAAUUCAAGUAACUAACUUGCAUCUGUUAAAUACCCGAUCAAUGUAUUAAAAAAUAGAUAAUACUAAUAGUUGCGUUUGUAACAUUAAUUGCAGGAACUUACUAAAACGCCUCAUUACCUUCAAGCCCCUCCCUCUACCCGUUCGUCUCCACUCCCUAAUAUAAAGCAGUAUGUCAAUAUUUUUAGUCGCACGCUGAGUAACAUAGCGUUUAAAUGAAAGGGAGGGUUGCGGUGACUUUGAUGAUUCCGGAUACCACAAGCAAAAACUUCUCGGAUUCCGGAAUCCCUUACACAACGAAUCUGAAUACCUUUGUUAUAACUCCUGCCGUACGAAUUUGUAGUGUCAGGGUACUGAGUCAGGGCACAUCCGGGAUGUCAACGUUCUCGUCGCUUAGGGUUCCUAUUAUUUUGACGCCCAAAACUAUGGAACUCUCACCUUCGAGAAUAAAUGAAUUCAAGACAGCUUUUCAACUGAUUUUAAAACCAUUCCUUGACUCUAAAAAUAUUGUUUUUUUUAUUGUUACCUCUUUGUUACCUCUUUGCUACGUUGUUACCUCUUUUUAACAUGAAUAAAAUAUUUUUCUCGCUUUAUCGCAGAGACAAUUCUGUUAUGUUAACUGGUUGUUUUAUCAUGUUAUUUGAACAACUGUUGAAAGCUCUGUCUUGGAUGUAAUCAACAGCAGCUUUCUGGGUCCGUUAAUUAUCGGGACUUCGAGAAACAGGCCUCUUGUUCGAACCUUGCUGUCAUGUUGUUUCCUUACACAAGAAACGUUUUUGUGUGCUGAGAUAGUAAAUGCAGUAAAUACGGAACUACACGUAAAUGCUGUGAUAUGUGAGUGUGGACAUUAGGAAGAUGUGAAUUGUUUGUUGGCUGGUUUUGAUUUAGCAUGCAUGUAAAUUCAAAAGAUGAAUGUGAACAUGACCAGAUAUCUAAACUUCCUACUAGGGUCACUGUCCCUGGCACGUGGCAGAGAAGCAAAUGGUAAUUGCCAUUACUUAUGCGCAACUACUGUAACUCUGUUUCGUUUGUCUUGUUUGUUUGUUCGAGUGCUUAGUGCAGUGCAGGAAAGAUGUCUGUGAAAGACUAGGUCUCAGUCAGGAAGAUGUGGAGCUGAGUAUGAGAGUGUCAAGUGGUUUUGAUAAAGUAGUGGGUACCCUAAUGCAUGGCUGGUACAACUAGCUGGUGUUGUAGUAUUUGAUUUCUGUGUUGCUGUAAACACCAUAGUGCCACACCAGCAAAUGAAAUGCUCAUAAUGCUCAAAGAAACCCUGCCCUGCAUUCAAGGGUAUCUAGAUUAUAAAACACAGAUUGGGGACGCCUGACCAUGGAUUAUCAUUGAUUUAUUGAUCUUUGUGCCAAUUGUCGGAAAUCCCGCCUAUGCGACAAGGGUCUCAAGAAACGAGUUGCUAGCCCAAACACGUUCCUUCCUUAGGUCUUUCUUCAGCGUAUCUAACUGAAACCUCAACUUAACGUCUUGCUUUGAAACUAAAAUUACGCGGGACUCGCGCCAUUCACGGUGGUUACGUCACUUGCUGCAAAACAAAUUUGCCUUGUGCAUGCCGGUAAAACGCACGACAUGUACAGAUUUUUUUUUAAAAAGUAGAACCACUCUCUACUUUCUGCAACAACUUUCGCAACCUGCAACAACCUGAUUUGUUGCAAGACAGAUUUGAUUCGUGGGUGGUAAAACGCGCAACAUCGCUCUUUAGCUCGUUUUGCAGCAAUGGUGCAUAACAAGUUGCAGCUUUUUGUUGCCCACUUUACUGUACCUUAAAAAGAAAUGAUUUUUAAUGACUUACAGAUUUUAAGGCAAGUACAAAUGUGCGAGUAGGCAGUACAUUCUUCAGUGCCAGACAACCUAAACAACCAAGCAGUGCUAAUGCUGCGGGGGAAAUUCCUCAGCAAUCCCCGCGGGAAACAAUGGUAUCCGGUGGGACCUCCCAACUAAAAACGUCCCAAGGAACAAACCCAGCACCCGGUGAGGAACAAGACACUUUUCCUCCGGAAAGUUUC